AUACUAGCAAUAUGUUCGCCUACAUAGCUGUCGCUUGCCUGUUGGCUGUUGCUCAAGGAGCUCCUUCCGGUUAUGGCGGAUAUGGUGGCUUAAGUUAUGGAUACUCAGCUCCGAUAAUAACUGCCCCCAUCUACACGGCUCCCGCGAUCUCUACUGCCAGUCUGAUCAAGGCUGCCCCAAUCUCAGUCAUCAAGACCGUAUCCACCCCUAUCAUCUCUGCGCCUAUUGCUCCCAUAAUCUCAGCUCCCGUACUUAAGACCGUCUCCACCCCCAUCAUUUCAUCUGGAUACAGCCUAGGAGGAUACGGUGGAUACGGAGGAUACGGUCUCGGAGGAUAUAGUCUUGGUGGAUACGGUCUUGGAGGAUACGGCGGAUACGGACACGGCGGAUACGGCGGAUACAGUCUUGGCGGAUACGGCGGCUAUCUGGGCAAGCACUAA